AUGCUGGUCGUCUUGGGUGCGUUCGAUUUCGCCAGCCUCAUCAUAUCCGUGGCGCCUAGCAGUCGAUGCGCGCCGCCGCCCUUACUCCACGCCGCCGCCCCAUCGGCCGCCGAGCUGAUGCUGGUCGCGUGCAAGGUUGCGAGGCUCGCAGAGGUGCAGGAGAUGCCACUUGCGCUGCGCAUGCCGUCCACCUUCGCGCUGGUCGACGCCGCCUUUGAGGCGCUGCCCCAGGUCGGCGCGGUUGCUCGCGAAGGCGGUCCGGACGACGAGUGCCAGCUGUACGAUGCGCUGGUGGAAGGCCUCGACUCGCGGCUCACGGAGGUGUGCGACUCGCUCGGCGGGUUGGACGGACUCACUCCGCAGCAGCGCGAGGGGCUGGUCGCCGGCGUGGUCGAGGUGCUCUUCGGCGACUCGAUCCUGACCGAGCAGACCUGGGCCGCCGUCGACUCGGGCGAGCAGCCGCCGCCGCGGGAGGCGCCGUUCGCUCCGCCGCUGAUCGAUCCGGAGCGGCUGUCUGCGCUAGCGGGCAGCUGGGCGGAGACGCUCGAGCUCGGCGAGGGCGAGGCGCGCGAGCUGCUCGACGGCGUGGCGCGCGCUAUCUCCACCUCGAUGCCGUGGCCGGUCGCACGGCCGCUCGCCCGCAAGCUGUACGACGAGUCGGAGCGGCUGCACGCCCACAUGCGGCUGCUGGUUGCGCAGGCGCUGCCGUUGCCGGAGGAGGUGCUGCGGCUGCCCGAGCGGUCGCGCGACUCGCUUGUCCUCGCCGUGCUCGAGGCCGCCCUCGAGUCUUGCAAUCUGUACGCCCUCGAGAGUGCACUGCUCACGACCAUGGCUCAGGCCCUGCUGCGCUCGGAGCACUCCGCGGGCGCGGAGGCCGACGAGCCCGCCCUCGAGUCGCGGGCACGGCUCGCCUGGCAGAUCAUUCAGCACGACCGGGAGGGCCAGAGGCUGCGCGACCGCUUGACCGCUAUGGAGGGCGCGGGCGGCGGCUAG